AUGUCCACUUCCUCUUCCACUCCAUUCAAUGUUCUAAUUGUCGGUGUCUUUGGCACGGACGGUAAGCUUUCAAGAUCAGCACAACGUAUGAUUGCUUCCAAAUUCCAAAGCAAUAAAUUCUUGCAAGGAAAUUCAUGGGUCGGACAGACAAGAUCAGUAGAUGUUUCUCUUUUCAAUUCGGUUGAUGAUGUUUUUGAACAAGGCUUUGCUUUGAGAGAUUCCAUUCAGAGAGUUGUUUUUGUUGGAUUGGCCAAGAAGGAACAAAAGCCAGAAGAGAAUCCUGUUGCUAUGGGUGUUAUUACUCAAUACAGUGCUCAAGCUGUUGGUGAUGCAGAGUUUGUUCAAGUUGGAAAGAGCGUCCGAGCAGAAAUCACUAAAAUCGUCGAAUCUUUGAAGAAGGAAAAGAAGGACGAGAAUGUUGUUUUCUAUUUUGACGAUUUCCAAGAUCAUGCUCAAGCUGUUGCUGAGGGUGCUGCUUUGGGUGCUUGGAAGUUUGAUUUGAAUUAUGAAAAGUUCUUGCAACCAAUCUUUGGAAAGGACGGAUUCCUCUUGAACUCGAUCAAGCUUGUUCCUGGAUUGGGAGAACAGAACGAGAAGGAUUUCAAGACUGGUACUGUUACCGGUGCAUAUCAAUUGUUCUCACGAUACUUGAUUGAAUUGCCUGCCAAUUACUUGACACCUAUCAAGUAUACCGAGUUGAUUAAGUUGAAGGUUGAAAAAUUUACGUUGUUUGCCUCACCUGAAGCUGUCUCUAGCAAGUUCAAGAUCAAUGUCUAUGAUGAAGAUUGGGCCAAGCAAAAGGGAAUGGGUUCAUUCUUGAGUGUGACAGCAGGAACAGAAGCUCCAGCAAGAGUUUUGGAAUUGAUCUAUGUCAAUGACAAGUCCAAGAAGGAGGAUGAAUUUGAAAUUGCUCUCCUUGGUAAAGGUAUUACUUUUGACAGUGGAGGCAUCUCAUUGAAGCCAGGUGAAGGAAUGAAGGAAAUGAAGGGAGACAUGGGUGGUUCAUCAUGUGCCAUCUGCUCUACUUUGGCAGCUUUGGAAUUGGAUCUUCCACUCAAUAUUAUUACUGUUGCAAUGCUCUGUGAGAACAUGCCAAGUGGAAUCGCAACCAAACCUGGUGAUGUCGUCACUGCCAUGAACGGUAAGACCAUUGAGGUUGACAAUACUGAUGCUGAAGGCCGUUUAAUUUUAGCUGAUGGUUUGUGCUAUUUGAGCGAUAAAAAGCCACAAACUCUCAUUGACAUGGCAACCUUAACAGGUGCUGUCAUUAUUGCACUCAGCCAUGUGACUGCAGCAGUUUUCAGUAAUUCAACGCCAUUGGUCGAGGAAUUGGAAAAGGCAAGCUUCCAAACCAGCGAUUAUUUGUGGAGAUUACCAAUCUUUAGAGAAGAUUAUUUGGAACAAAUGAAAUCCGAUGUAUCCGAUUAUAACAAUAUUGGUGGUAGACCAGGAGGUUCUUGCACAGCUGCUACCUUCCUUAGUGAAUUUGUUGACUUCUCUAAGGUGAAACAAUGGGCUCACCUUGAUAUUGCUGCUGUCACCAAGACCAAGGUCGGUUAUACUGGAAGACCAACUCGUGCUGUUAUUGAAUUCUUGCAACAACGUGCAAGAAAGUAA